AACAUUGAACUUGACCUUUGCCUUUGUCCCUUCCCUGCAGGUACAGUGAGGGUUGAAGAUGGCGGCCCUGCCCCCCUCCCCCAACGCGUACAAGUCCCUGGUGUACCAGCGCACGCUGCUCGACAGGCUCAACUUCCUCCGCAACCUCGGACUCUUCUGUGACGUCACACUCGAGGUGGAAGGGAAGCUGUUCCGCUGUCACCAGGUGAUCCUGGCCGCCAGCAGCACGUUCUUCCAGACACUCUUCACCCAGCAGCAGGCGGCCAUCAAACAGGCGCAGCCCAUCGACCUCCCCGUCGUCAAGGCAACGGCCUUCCUGCAGCUGCUGGACUUUGUGUACACCUCGGAGCUGAGUCUGACUGUGCAGACUGCCAUCGACCUGCUGUCCGCCGCCAGCCUGCUGCAGAUGGGACCACUGGUGGAGGCCGUGUCGCAUUACCUCAAGACUCAUGUUGGAGAUGAGCCAGAGAAACAGCUGCCUCCCCCAUCCCCAGCAUCAGGACCAGCCCACCUCCUCCCCUCCCCUCCUCCUCCUGCCAGCUCCUCCUCACACCUGGACAGACCCCUACACCACACCCCGACCGGCCGAGAGCCCAGCGCCUUUGCACUACACGACAGCGGGCAGUACGGUCAACAAGAGGGCCGCGUACAAACCUCAACCACCACACCGAGCCCAACAGCACCUCACCCAUUGGAUCUUCCCUCACCGCAGUCCAACCUCCGCUUGUCGCCAAAUGCAGAUAAGGGUCGCGCCCUGCUGGACUACGGCCCGCCGCUGGUGAUGCCGCCACUGCCGACGCAUCAGCCGGGGUUCCGGUACGGCGUGCGCAGCCUGGACGGGAAGGGCGGGGUGUUUCCUGUGCCCAUCGAGGUGGGCAACCCCUACAACCGGCGCCACGAGCAGCGCUUCGAGUGCCACGUCUGCUACAUGAAGUUUACCCGGUCGGAGACCCUGAGGGACCACAUGAAUAUUCACACCGGAGAGAAGCCGUAUUCCUGUAAGUUCUGCCACAAGAAGUUCCGCCACCAGCGAAACCUUCGCACCCACGAACGGGACUGCAAGAACAACAAGGGGUCAAAAUGGCGACGCAAGUACACCGAGACCGUCAAGGACGCUCUGGAGAGGAUCCGGUCAGAACAGACUCCGGAGGAGCAAGGGUCGCAGGUCACAGAGGAGAGUGGAGAGGUCACGGGUCAGGGGUCAGCUGUUGACCUGGAGGGAGAUAGGUGUCUGGAGACACCAGAAGUACAAAGGUCAAAUGAUGACAAUGGGACGAUAACAGUGCAGGAGGUUCAGCACCAUGAGGAGUUCAGAGGUCAAGACGAUGACCCCAUUGACCUUCAUGAAGACAGAAGGUCAACUCCUGACUCGUUAGGUGAACAUAAUCUGGAAAUCGAUGAGACCAGUCCUGACGUUACCAUGACAGCCGAUGACGGGAGCCCGGACGUUGCCAUGGCUACAGGUGAACAGAACCCGGAUGUUGCCAUGGCGACAGGCGACCAGGUGCCAGACGUUGCCAUGGCGUGUGUGGAUGACGGAUCCCUGCCUCCCGACCAGCUAGAGUACAUGCAGCGGCUGCAGAGCCUGAACCAGCACGGGACACCUGCCAACAGGAUCCGGAAACACGAGGCGCGCUACAGCUGUCCUAUCUGUCUACAGACGUUCACCCGGAGCCACAACCUGAAGAACCACAUGCUGAUCCACUCGGACGCCAAACCCUUCACCUGUCCCAGGUGUUCUGGGGAGUUCAGGUACAAGCGAAACCUGAAGGCCCACAGCAGCGUGUGUAAGGGCAUCAUCAGCGUACAGAACACCGCACACCCCGCGCGAUCCAUGAGCGGCAGCGAGCCCGACCUCGACGCUCCGUCCGACGGCACCGGAUUCUCGAGCAUCCGCGACCUCCUGACCUCCGACGACCCCGAGGACCAGGUCGAAGUGCAGGGGUCAGGGGACUCAAAGGAGCAUGACGCAGUGUUCUCUCAUGGUCAAGAAGAGUAUCCCUCCCCUGAGGACGACAGCAAGGCUCCGUCUUGUACGUACAUUCGUGGCCAGGACGGCCGGAUUAUUGCGGUCAAACAAGAGAGCCCGCCAAGCCCGCCCAAUGGCCAGGCAGAGCCGCCAGAUCUCGGCGGAACGGAGAAAAAUGUUUGGGUGUCCCCCGUUGGAGAAAACUCCGCGGAGGACAGACCAGGCAGCACUGAAGGCUCCGUGGAGCACAUUGGGCGGACCUCCGGAGGCGGUGAGACUGCGGCAGUCGGAGGGGCCAGGAAGAGAAAAGCAGCGGUGCAGCACCGGUGGGACUCCAAACACCCGAGCGUGGCGAGACUGCCCGAGCAGCUACAGAGCUACGUCAUGGAGAUGAUGUCUGGUGGGGGGGCAACAGAGAAAGGGGGGAGGGGAGCACAGAGUUCCGACCAGACAGGGCGGCUCGAGCAAGGCAGCCUUUCCCAGAACGAAAAUCAGAUCAUCAAGGACUUCUGGGCGGAGGUGAACCGGGGACUGUUCCCCGACGACCACUUCUCGGGUCUGGGUCAUGCGGGGGCAAAGGGCACUGAGGUCACGGCGGACCAAUGGCAGGGCGGCAGUAGGACUCGGGGUCAACAAAAACACCUGGAAAUUCAGACGAGUCCGAGUAUCGACCCUCUGAGAGACGGCGGGUCGCCUGUGUUAGAAUCAGACACUUCUGCUAUCCAGGACUGGACGGGGGACAAAACCAACAGCAGAAAGAAACAAAAUGGGACCAGGUUUGGGAGGUCAAAGGGCAGAGGUGAACAGGAGACCUAUGACCCCAAGAGGGUCAAAGUUGAGACACAGGAUACUGCUUAGGCACAUUCCAACUGUAAUGUUAUACUUGAGCAUAGAUUGUAAGUUGCAUUGAUGUAAAUUGCUGCCUACUUCCCAGGCAUAUGAAAACUUUUCUUCCAAAAUACACUACACUUAUAUCAUACAUUA